AUGGCCGAGGAAGCGGUGAUUUUCCCCUCUCAAUCACUCUUCAUGGUAGAUAGAAGUUGGCAGCGGCGCAAAAGGGUCAAGAAGGACAUCCACUCCCAUGAGUUGGUUCUUCAACCCUCUCGCGUCCCGGAGGUCACUAUCAAGGUAGCUCAGACACCCGUAGGAGCGGGAUCAACCUCGGUGCACAAGUCGCAAGCCAAGGGCAAUGCAAAGGAGUCGGGUCAGAUACAGUUCAUGACAUACAAACCCAAGGAGAGGACCUCAAAGCAGAAUGCCAGAUCGAAGAAGGUCCGCCACACUGGACCAGCUGGGGAACAAACACCAGACUCGGACGCCACGGCUCCGAUCCCACCCACCACGUCUGUAGAGACAAGGAAGAAUGUACUCUUGCCCACGCAAUUGACGCUUCCUGGAACAGCCACGGCUCUUUACACGGUUAUCGACCCGGAAGUGAGCUCCUUCCAAGAGUACAUGAGCUACUAUCCGACACGCCUUGCUGCGUCCAUGUAUCCAAUCAGCAGGGCGUUGCGACUUGCCUACAACCCCGUUGAAACAAUCUGGCUCCCUGCAGUCGUGACGGAUGAGGUCUCGUUGCACACGAUCCUCUUCUCAUGUGCCGCGCACUACUCAUUUGGAUCUGGGCAUCAGACAUUCAGGGAUUCGCACCUGCUCAUGAAGGUUAUUCUGAAUCGACUCAACCGCAGACUACGCGACGGGAAGUACACGGAUCUCACCAUUGGUGCUGUAUCGUGCCUGGCGCUAUACGAGAAUCACCUGGGAAAUCAUCAAAAAUGGAGAAUGCAUGCUUCGGGCAUGUACGAAAUGAUACGAGCACGAGGGGGAUUCGAGGCUGUGAGGGACGUAUUGCACAUGAAGAUCUAUCGAUCCGACACUGUCGGCGCUGUCGAUACACUCUCACAUCCUCAUUUUCCGCGUCCGACCAGAACCAGGAAGUCGCUCCACAGCAUAAUGGCGCUUGAUUCGGUUUCGCCUCCAAUUCCCCCGGCAAUUUUGAACCUCGAUUUGACACCAACGGCAUUGAAUGCUCUGACGGAGCUGUCGUACUUGUGCCAUGCCCUCAGCUCUGCAGCUGAGACGCUAGUGCCGGUCGACCCUCUUGCGUUCGACGAGGACGUGACCUGCAUUCAGCACGACCUCCUGCGGUCACAAGGGCCAAAGCAGAGGGUGGCCGAAAGAGUGUGUGUGAUAGCAGCACUGAUCUUCGUACAGACGCUCAUCCGAGAAGUCCCCUUCACCAGACUCUCGUCCAGUCUUAUUUCCCGGGAGCUGAAAACAGCAUGCCGUGCCGUCGAGCCCAAGCUGCUUCCCGAUGAGUUGGUGUUCUGGGUUCUUUUCAUGGGAGGAUUGGUGUCAGUCGACUCGGACGAGUACCACUGGUUCCGAGCACGGUUGAUGCAGUUUCAGAGGGGCCACCAUGAUUACCUGACGUGGGACAAGGCCAAAUGUCAGCUCCGGAAGGUAUUCUGGAUCGACAUCCUCCAAGAGGAAUACGGAUUGAAUCUUUGGCAAUCCAUCAACGCUCCUCUCCUGCCACCGAGCGGUCCCAUUACGGCAUUGACAGAUAUGGAUUAA